AUGAGUGGCAAUUCAGAAAAUGUACAAGAUAAAGCUUCUUCGAGCUCAGACGAAGCACAAAAGCCCCAGAUCGAGCCCAUUCGAUUGCCUACGGUGGAGGAAGUACGAGGACAAGACAUUUGGAACAAUUGCGCCGUUCGUAGCGUCGUUAGCGGAGUCAUGGGAGGGGGACUUGGGUUGGCCAUGGGUCUAUUUCUAGGGGCAUUGGACAAUCCUAUAAUGCAAGAGGAAAUGACUGGCAGGCAGCAAUUUAUAUAUACCGCUAAGCAGAUGGGUAGUAGGAGCUGGAGUUCCUGCAAGACGUUUGCUGUUAUGGGCUUCAUUUUCUCGGCUGCUGAAUGUGUUGUUGAGAAGGCCCGGGCAAAACAUGACACCACAAAUACAGUUGUUGCAGGGUGUGUAACUGGAGGUGCUCUAUCAGCGAAAGGUUUCUUCUACUUCUCUUCCAUUUUAGUUCCAUGUUUUCUUGUAUAG